AUGUCAGUGCAGGAGGACAUGCAACCCCAGGGGCUUUGGCUCUCUAAGUCUCAGAGAGAUUUAGCAAAGUCCAUCCUGACUGGGGCUCCAGGAGGUAAGAAGGAGCAACAGAUGGAGAGAAGGGGGAAAGACAGACAGCUGUGCAGUGGCAUGGAGGGGCCAGCAGGGUACCUGCGGCGGGCCAGCGUGGCCCAGCUGACCCAGGAGCUGGGCAUUGCCUUCUUCCAGCGGCAGCAGCUGCCGGCAGCCAUGGCAGACACCUUCCUGGAGCACCUCUGCCUGCUGGACAUCGACUCCGAGCCCAUGGCCGCUCGCAGUACCAGCAUCAUUGCCACCAUCGGGCCGGCAUCUCGCUCCGUGGAGCGCCUCAAGGAGAUGAUCAAGGCCGGGAUGAACAUUGCGCGACUCAACUUCUCCCACGGCUCCCACGAGUACCACGCUGAGUCCAUCGCCAACAUCCGGGAGGCGGUGGAGAGCUUUGCAACUUCCCCGUUCAGCUACCGACCCGUGGCCAUAGCUCUGGACACCAAGGGACCGGAGAUACGCACUGGGAUCCUGCAGGGGGGCCCGGCGUCGGAAGUGCAGCUAGUGAAGGGCUCCCAGGUGCUAGUGACCGUGGACCUGGAGUUCCGGACGCGGGGGGACGCGAACACCGUGUGGGUGGACUACCCCAAUAUCGUCCGGGUCGUGCCGGUGGGGGGCCGCAUCUACAUUGACGACGGGCUCAUCUCCCUAGUGGUCAAGAAAAUCGGUCCAGAGUGGCUAGAGACCCAAGUGGAAAAUGGCGGUGUCCUGGGCAGCCGGAAGGGCGUGAACUUGCCGGGCACCCAAGUGGACCUGCCCGGGCUGUCUGAGCAAGAUGUCCAGGACCUGCGCUUCGGGGUGGAACAUGGCGUGGACAUCAUCUUUGCCUCCUUUGUGCGGAAUGCCAGCGACGUGGCUGCCGUCAGGGCUGCUCUGGGGCCGGAAGGACAGGGCAUCAAGAUCAUUAGCAAAAUUGAGAACCAUGAAGGCGUCAAGAAGUUUGAUGAAAUCCUGGAAGUGAGCGAUGGCAUUAUGGUUGCACGGGGUGACCUGGGCAUUGAGAUCCCAGCGGAGAAGGUUUUCCUGGCUCAGAAGAUGAUGAUUGGCCGUUGCAACUUGGCGGGCAAGCCUGUCGUCUGUGCUACACAGAUGUUGGAGAGCAUGAUCACUAAGCCUCGGCCAACUCGGGCAGAGACAAGUGAUGUGGCCAACGCCGUGCUGGAUGGAGCAGACUGCAUCAUGCUGUCGGGGGAGACUGCCAAGGGCAACUUUCCUGUGGAGGCUGUAAAGAUGCAGCAUGCGAUUGCCCGGGAGGCAGAGGCUGCAGUGUACCACCGGCAGCUCUUUGAGGAGCUGCGCCGGGCGGCACCGCUGAGCCGGGAUCCCACAGAGGUCACCGCUAUUGGCGCUGUGGAGGCUGCCUUCAAGUGCUGUGCCUCUGCCAUCAUCGUGCUGACCACAACUGGCCGUUCAGCACAGCUUCUGUCUCGGUACCGACCUCAGGCAGCAGUCAUUGCUGUCACCCGCUCUGCCCAGGCUGCCCGCCAGGCCCACCUAUGCCGAGGAGUCUUCCCUGUGCUCUACCGUGAACCUCCAGAGGCCAUCUGGGCAGACGAUGUGGAUCGCCGGGUCCAAUUUGGCAUUGAAAGUGGAAAGCUCCGUGGCUUCCUCCGUUCUGGGGACCUGGUGAUUGUGGUGACAGGCUGGCGACCAGGCUCUGGCUAUACCAACAUCAUGCGAGUGCUGAGCAUAACCUGAGGCUUCCCCCUCCUCUGACAGAGCCAGCCCCAGACCCGCCCCUCCUCUCUGCUUCCGCCACCCCACACCCCUCCUCCACCUCUAAGUCUUCUUUACUCCCAAUCCUCCCUGAGAGGCCACAUCUGCCAUCUACCCCACUUCCAGGGUGCUCCCUCCCCUUCUCCAUUUCAGACAUGCCUUGAAAGCCUGUAUCCAAUUAAGCACUGGCCAUUCAGCGGCACCAAUCCCUGAACCCAAUGCUCUCAACUGGUCCCUAAGAUGCUCUGAGCCUUUAAUCCCAGCUUGACUGAUUAAUUCUAUUCCACUAGGCUUCCCACACCUGGGGGUGGAGGAGAGGGGAACAGGACAAUCAUGUCCACAGUCUCCCCAAAAUCUGUUUUAAAGAUAUUUCAUAUCCAUGUAGUUUGAUGUUCUCAUAUGUGGCCCUCAGGAUACUCCGGAAUCUCCUGAGGAAAGUGCCACCUCUUCCUUCGUUGUGACAACUGGUGACAUCAAAGCACCGACCUAGGCUAGAUGAAUGCUGGGGAGCAUUGAGAGCCAUGUGGGCUCAUCUUGUCACUGUCAUUACCACUUCUAGGCUUGCAGGCUGCUCCCUGGAUGUUCUCAUACCCACCUCAUGCCUUACUGGGUUAUAGGCCCCGCUGCCUCCUCCUGCACCCCAAAACUUCUUCAUGCCCACUUUGUUCCCACACACAAACCAGGAGCCAAGAUGAGUGUCUCUAGUUUCUUUUUAAACCAAGCUCUUUGGAAGCAAUAUAAAACUUCUCCCACACACUCAGAACCCCAGAACUCCCCAUCUCAAAGAAAAGGAGAUUUAGGGUCCUGGCCCUACAUUCUUUGAUGCUGUAGAGUAGGCGUGGGGACAGAGGGACAGGGUGAGGGAUUUCUCUUGUCCCUGAGAAGGCAGUGGUACUGGUUAGUCUGCCCUUCCCCAGGCUUGCAUACCUCAGGCCCUCCCCUUGUACCUGUACCCACAGCAAACUCAGUAGGGAAAAAAAAAAACAAAACCGUAAAGAACAGUCCUCCUGCCCCCCUCAGGCGGCCCUUCCUGCCCCUACCUAGACAGAGGGUUCAGGUAUUGCUGCGGGUGGGAGUUGGGCAAGGACCGCAAGAGCUGGCACGGAGGGGCCCUGCCCAUUCCUAACUCCCUGCCAGGAGGGGAGGGGAGGGAUAGAUACAGGAAUGGGUGAAUAAAAUGAACUGAUAAUAAAUAAAAUUAGCAAAUGAA